GUGAGUGGCGCCGAGCGGAGAACAGAGGGGCGGUAAAGAGUCAAGAAGCGAGUGGCUGCAAUUGAGGAACGGCGUUGAAUCGAGGAGCGGCAAUGAGACAGUCGCUCGCUGUGUUUGUUAACUUUCGUUAACACGUGGCAUUGAAACAGGAUUGGGGAACUUGCCAACAUAGUUGCGAAGCUGCGACCGACGGCUGGAAUGGCAAAAGUUAAAGGAGAAAGUCAGAGUUGAUCUGGGCCUUUAUAAGUUCUGGAGAGGCACAGCCUGUUGAUUUGUCCAGUCAAAUGCAAAUGUAAAAUAGCAGCGAUGGGCUGGUGAUGGAAUCAAUUGGCUAAAUUUAGACUUGGCAGAUGAUAAAGUAUCCACUGAAAGCGCGUCAACCAUUCAAGUGAAGAAAUAACCCGAUGUGUCUGAGCUCAACUCAACAGGGAAUUAUUUACUCGUCAUUGCAACCAAUUUCCUGGGCCACUGAAGGAAGCAAGAGAAUGCAUCCGGGCGGUUAAAGCAGAUGUCGAGCUGCUGACUGGCAAGCAAAUGGACUUCCUGAGAUGGUGUGCUCCCAAUCAGUUGAGCUGCUGAUGUUUCCUGGAUACAACAUGCCAAAGCACCAACUACUGAUGCUGCUUGACCCAUGAAGUCCCUCCAGCAGAUUGUUUUUUGCUUGCUCAAAUAAAUGAUAACCAUGAAUCCUUGAGACGUCAGACAACAUCUUCAUUACAGCUGUAGGCAGCAGGUGUUUUCGUUGACUGCAGAAGGACACACAAGGCAACUGUGAAGACUCGACGUGGAAUUUGCAGAGAAACUUGACAGUAAUUUCAUAUCCAGAGAACUUGCAUUGAAAGCUUUCAACUGGAGUGACUAAGUGCAGGCUCAAUGGAAGGUGCAACUUUAGAGGAACCUGGAGAUGUUGACUCUCCUGUCAAGGAGCCAAAUAACAGUGCCCCUACUCGGAAAUAUGCGGACGGUGGCUACGGAUGGGUAAUUCUAGCCUCCUGCUUCGUUAUAACUGGCCUGACGGCAAGCUUUGUGAGAUCGUUUGGGAUUUUUUUCCUCGAUGUCCAGAAUUACUUCGACACAAUUGCCUUUAAGGUUUCGUGGAUCAGUGCGAUCACAGUGGCUGCGUUUCAUUUUGGCUCUCCGUUAGCCAGUGCCAUCAAUUUCAAGCUAUCGCUCAGGGUCAUCACCAUCAUCGGUGGCAUCCUCUCCAUGCUUGGGCUGCUCCUGGGAUCCUUUGCCUUAAGCCUGUCCUGGAUGUACCUCACUACUGGUGCUCUCGUAGGUCUUGGCAAUGGAUUUGCAUGGAUUUCCUCUGUAAAUCUGGUCAAUCAGUACUUCACAGACCGGAGGCCAUUAGCAAACGCCCUCGCCAGCUCUGGAGACAGUAUAUUUGUCUUCAUCCUCACACCAUUUUACCAGUGGCUUAUCGACAUUAUGUCUUGGCGACAAGCAAUGAUGAUCAUCUCCGCUAUAUCUCUCAACAUUUGUGUCUGCGGAGCCCUCAUGAGGCCGUAUCGUUCACAGAAGAAAAGUCAGAAUUCUGCGCCAUUAUCUGCCAUGCAUUCCAGGACGGGUUUGUGUCGGAAAAGUCUGGUGCAAGAGAAGAUAUCGGCCUAUUUAACCCUUCUGAAGCAGCCUCAAUUCAUCUGUCUGAUCUUAUUUGGGUUUUUCUCUGUGAUGGGCCUGUUCAUCCCAGUCGUAUAUCUAAUUCCACAUGCUCAAAACAUUGGGGUUGAGGACUUUAAAGGAGCUCUUUUGAUGUCCUACUGGUCGGCAGCUGACCUCAUCGGAAGGCUCGGAUGCGGUUGGCUUGCCAACCUGCGGCUCUUGAAGUCCAUCCGCCUUUCGAUAAUAAUGAUGGUAGCUCUUAGCAUACUCUUGCUGCUUAUCCCUUUAGCUAAGAAUUAUACCUCGCUUAUCAUCUUCAGCUGCGUGUGUGGAUUCUUUCUCGGAACCAUCAUGGCCCUCAUUGUCACACUCAUUACUGACGUGGUCGGAGUUGAGAGGCUGAGCAGCGCACUCGGAUUAAUUAUGCUCUUCAGAGGUGUUGGCUGCCUUCUCGGACCACCCCUGGCAGGGUUACUGGUGGACUGGACUGGAGUAUACAGCACUGCGUUCUUUCUUGCUGGAGGAGGGAUGUUGAUUGCAACUUUCUUUCUCAUCCUCACCGACUACUUCACAACUUAUGGGCAGAAUUCCGGUCAAAGCACAGGAAAUGAGAAGGGAAAUUCUAACUCUCAAGCCCGACCUCAGGAAGAAGCAGGGAAAGGAGACCUUGGCAGUGACACAAGGGGAGAUCCAGCAGUGGAACUAUUGAAUGCCGUGCCUGAAUGAAGACCUCUGCAAUGUUUAUGUUUUCUCUUCCAAUGAACCUCUCUUGGGAAAAUCGACUUCCCCUAUAACUCAGUGGGACAAUGCUUCAGCAUGCAAUAGCGUGAAAGCUCCAUGAACUGUAUUGUGGCUUAGGUCACAGGCGUGUCAAGGGCUCUCAGUAAAUGCCCUGCAUGUGAGCAGAAAUCACAUUGUCUUACAGCUUCAAUAAAGGAUAUUGCAUUCUUUGGGGGGGGGGGGAUAUUUUUCAUCCCACCCAUUACACUUGGGUGUGUCGUGUCAUAGUUGUCCACUAUAGGACAAUUUGUCCUAUAUUCUUGCUAUUGUGUUAUUGCCACACAAAAUAUGUUGGAUGUUGGAUCAGUUCCCAUUUUCCAAGUCACGUAUGGUUUUAGUUUCAUCAGCAUUAAAGAUGUCAAUACUCGGCAAGAUCCCCACCAUUAUUAGGCUCCAGAUUCCAGCAUCUGCAGUCCCUUGUUUCUCCAUCAUUGCUAGUUUCUGGGAUGUACAGUUCAGGCUCCCAUACUAAAAUGCUGGAAACACUCUCAGCAGGGUGAAUGAAAUGACAAACUGCUGCCUCCACAGACACAUUCUGGCGUGCUGGACAUUUCCAACGUUCUACUUUUGAUGUGCAGGAAAGAACUGCAGAUGCUGGUUUAAAUCUGAUAGAAAUUCGUCUGGAAAAGGGUCUCGACCUGAAACUUCACCCAUUUCUUCUCUCCAGAGAUGCUGAGUUACUCCCACAUUUUUGUGUCAUUCUCCUUUUGAUUUCAGGUCAGCAUUUGCAUGUCCCUGUGCGUUGUCCCCUCAAUCUGCUCUCUUUAAUCUAUCAACACGAUGGCUCCAUAAACAUUUGAAUCUCCGUAACCCUGGCCUCACCUUAUUAGUGAUGUUCUCCGAGUCACAGGGUCAUACAGCAUGUUCUAUACAUCUUUCCGCCCCCCCCCCCCCCUCUCUAUAACUUAAAACUAAAGCACUUCCUCAAUUUUUCAGUUAGGUAUUUGACCUGCAACUUUAACUUUGUUUCUCUUUCCACAGCCAUUGCCCGACCUGCUGGCUGUUCACGACAUUUUGUGUUUUAAAUUUGCAUUUUAACCAUGUUUUCGAUCCGUCUGAAGAGCAGCAGAUAGACACAAAAUGCUGGAGUAACUCAGCGGGUCAGGCAGUAUCUCUGGAGAAAAGGAAUAGGUCACAAUUCAGUUUGGAACCCUUCUUCAGACAUCCUAAAGCAGCAUCGGCAGUUCCUCUGACACUAACUGAAGAACUGUUUAUUUGGAGGAGUUUCUCUGGGCCAUAUAAGUUCAUUUCUGUGUGAAAAAUCAAAAACCUGCAGAUGCCGAGCAAACCAGAUUUGCAUGGUCUCUGAUCUGAAAUGUUGACAGUUCUUUCCACAGAUGCUGCCUGACCUGCCGAGUGUUUCCAACGUUUUCUGUUUUCAUUUCACAUCCGCAUUCUCAUUUAUAGGGGUUUGACUUCCUGGUGGAGCGGGAAGUCCUGCAUAGUCAGCAGCUUUCAAAAUCACCUCAACACUUAGUCACCACUGGCUCUUCCUGUUCUGUAAAACAGACAGACAUCAGGUGCCCCUCCAAAAAUGCAUUAAGCAGGAAGCUGAUGCCCUGAUUUUUGCCAUUGAAUAUAAUGCCGGUGUCCUCGCCACUUAGAGACUCGAGGAUCUGCGAAUGCUGUAAUCUUGCGUAGACCACAAAAAUGCUGGAGUAACUCAGCAGGUCAGGCAGCAUCUCUGGAAGACGUGGAUAGAUGAGGCUUCAGACUGAGAAUCGCCUCUGGACAUGGUCACUGACCUGCAGAGUUACUCCAGCACUACCGUGUCAACUUAGUUGUGUACUAGCUCAGGGACCUGCAACAGUAACUUCACAGUGCUACACUCACACACUCACACGCAUUGCUGCCAAGACAGAACACUGCAGUCCAGCAACAUUUCAAAAGUUACCAUUGCACAAAUGCAGUCAGUCCAUUGUCCCUGCACAGCAGCGGCGUUAGAUAUUGCGGUUAUAGCAAAGGAACAUUUAUAUUGGCAUGCUGUAAAUAAGAUACACAUCCUGUUCCCAUUUUGUAGAUAAACCUUUGCCCUGGUA